GUUAGCUCGCUUCACAUCGUUUAUAGCGGCGGCACGGAAAGACAGAUAGUGCUUCCUGAAAGUCCAAACAAAACAUGCGUUAUUGCUUUAUUUCUUAAGUUUUAAGCAAACAAAGUGUUUGAAAUUAAUUGGAAAUUAUCUGUUCAUUUGAAUAACAAGAAUGGAGCAUUCGGUGCCCAAAAAUAAGCUGAAGAAACUCAGUGAAGACAGUCUUACCAAGCAGCCAGAGGAAGUGUUUGAUGUCCUUGAAAAGCUUGGAGAAGGAUCAUAUGGCAGUGUUUUUAAAGCCAUUCACAAGGAAUCAGGCCAGGUUGUGGCCAUUAAACAGGUUCCUGUCGAAUCAGACCUCCAGGAGAUCAUCAAAGAGAUCUCCAUAAUGCAGCAAUGUGAUAGUCCUUAUGUGGUGAAGUACUAUGGCAGCUAUUUCAAGAACACAGAUCUGUGGAUUGUGAUGGAGUACUGUGGCGCUGGAUCGGUGUCUGAUAUCAUCAGACUGCGCAACAAAACACUCACCGAAGAUGAGAUCGCCACAGUCCUCAAAUCCACCUUGAAAGGUCUGGAGUAUCUCCAUUUCAUGAGGAAAAUCCACAGAGACAUCAAAGCAGGGAAUAUUCUCCUCAACACAGAGGGCCAUGCUAAACUAGCUGAUUUCGGAGUGGCUGGACAACUUACCGACACAAUGGCGAAGAGGAACACGGUUAUAGGAACACCCUUCUGGAUGGCCCCUGAAGUAAUCCAGGAGAUCGGCUACAACUGCGUGGCAGAUAUCUGGUCUCUCGGCAUCACAUCCAUAGAAAUGGCCGAAGGAAAGCCUCCUUAUGCAGACAUUCAUCCAAUGAGAGCUAUUUUUAUGAUCCCCACAAACCCUCCACCCACUUUCCGCAAGCCAGAGCUAUGGAGUGACGAAUUCACAGAUUUUGUGAAGAAAUGUCUGGUGAAGAACCCAGAGCAGAGAGCAACGGCCACUCAACUGCUCCAGCAUCCAUUUAUAACCAAUGCUAAGCCGGUGACCAUCCUGCGGGACCUGAUCACAGAGGCCAUGGACAUGAAGGUCAAGAGACAACAGGAGCAGCAGAGAGAGCUGGAGGAGGAUGACGAGAACUCGGAUGAGGAAGUGGAAGUGGAUUCCCACACCAUGGUGAAGUCUGGUUCAGAGAGCGCUGGAACCAUGCGAGCCACAGGCACCAUGAGCGACGGUGCUCAGACCAUGAUCGAGCACAGCAGCACCAUGCUGGAGUCUGACCUGGGCACCAUGGUCAUUAACAGCGAUGAUGAUGAUGAUGAGGAGGAGGAGGUAGAUCUCGGCUCGAUGAGGAGAAAUCCUACAUCUCAGCAAAUUCAGCGUCCGUCCUUCAUGGACUACUUCGACAAACAAGACUCAAAUAAAGCACAAGAGGGUUACAAUCACAACCAGCAGGACCCGUGUUUAAUUUCCAAGACCGCUUUCCCUGAUAAUUGGAAAGUGCCACAAGAUGGAGAUUUCGAUUUUCUGAAAAACCUCGAUUUUGAGGAGCUUCAGAUGCGCCUUUCUGCUCUGGACCCCAUGAUGGAGCGAGAGAUUGAAGAUCUGCGGCAGCGCUACACAGCCAAGAGGCAACCCAUCCUUGACGCCAUGGAUGCGAAGAAACGCCGGCAGCAGAACUUCUAACCGACUUCACAGAUGCUGAAGCUUCAAAGCUGGCUGACCAGAUCUUAUGUCCCCUUCUGUGUUCAGUCUUUGUACUGAUGCAUCUUAUUCUAGACUCCUGCUGUUUGUACAUUCGAAGAAGGUCCCAGUGGAUGUAUAAAACCUAAAAUCACGAUUUGUUAGUUUGUUCUUUAGAAUUCAAAGGUCACAAUAUUAGGAGUUCACUUUAAACGGAACAAAUUAUUCACAAUCUUAAUCAGUCUCACUCUCUAUUGUUAUGAAGUUUAGGCUUUUCUACCUUAACUUUAAAAUUCAAGCCAUCUCUACAUCCGUGGUUAAUACUUUCUUAAUACUGUAAAUGAAUCCAAGGCGAAAAUUACUGUGAAAAUGUGAAGUUUUGUGGCUGAAUUUUUAAGAAAUGCUGGUUGGACUGCUGCAAAGUCAUUUUUAGUGUGAAUGGAUUACUAAACCAAAGACAAUCAAAAGUAGAGAAUGCCUUAGAGCGCUUGAUAACCCUCUUUUUGAAGUUUGCAUCACCAAGCUAUAGGUUAGUAUUCUGCUAAUGUGGGACCAUUUUAGAGUAGAGAUGCCACUGUCAUCGUUUCUGGUAUUAAUUUAGAAAGAAACGGGACCGUUCCUGCAGCUAUGCAUCCCAUCAAAAUUCCUUGUCAGCACAAAGUGAGGUUUGAAACAUCUGUCCACAGCUUUGUAAAUAUGCAUGGCUUAUUUAUGCUGAAUGUCACUUUCUCGGUUUCUGAAUGUUUCUGUGUGACGUCUUCCCUAUGGUCUCUUCGCUGCCACUGGCUUUUUGAUAACUUGUGGCAAGUAUUUGUGAGGAAGUGAGAACUACUUUUCCUGUGCCCCAUUUUAAAGUCCUCGUUUUAUCUCAGGCGUUGCUUGGCUUUGAACUGUCUCUCUUCUGGUCUUUUUCAAAGAUCGAGUCAUUCCAAUACAGUGAUUUUGUGUUUCUCAUUAUGGUAAUGGUACCAUCAUUACUAGGCCUACUGAGUCUCCAUAACUACCAAAAGCAAUACAGCAACUCAAGGACAUAGUAAUGUAACAAUGCCAGUAAUGUGAAUGACCUAAACCAGUUGCUGAAUCUUUUCAGAGAAGGAUGAGUUGUUUUAAAUAGACUUUAAAAUGACUCUCAAAAUGUUUAUGCCCUGAUUGUGGACUGAUGAUGUCUAUAAAUCUGAGUUGGUUUGAAGUAUAGUCUGCUAAUGAUUUUUUUUUUUUUACAAAAGCUUAUUCAUAAAAUAGUUAGGGAUGUUACCAAUGCCUUACAUUUCCUGCAGUUGUGAGUUAUAUCAGUUUAUUUCAUACUCUGACAUUUACAUAGGCACAUUUUUACUCAACACUCUAAUUUAUUGUGCGUUAUUCAUAAUGUAUGUUAUUUUUUGCACUCUGCAUAGAGUUUUUGAAUAAAGGUCUGUUACUUGUC